AUGAUGAGUGAAGGGAGCUCUUCAUGCACAAGACCUGGAGGGGGAUCUUCAUGCGCUGUGCCUGGACGAUGUGAGCGAGAUGCGAUUGCGCCCAAGUGCUACUGUGGUGUCUAUGCCAUCAUGUACAAGUCAAGAACGACUAGUAACCCUAAUAGAGUGUUUUUUGGGUGUCCAUUAUUCAAGGCAAAAGAACCGUACUGCCGGUACUUUGUCUGGCUGGAUGAACAUUUCAAAAAAAUUAGGGCCGUGGAGCCUGAAGCCUUGGGUGCGGUGGAUGAAGCUGAGGGAGUAGCCGUUGUAGAACAGGUGCUUCGAAAUCAGGAUAUUGAGGAAAAAAUAGAAGAGUUGGAGAGAAAGUUGUUGUCUAUUGAAGGAAAAAAAUUGAGUUUGUGGCAUAUAACUGUGAUUGGUGUAGUAGUUGUUGUUAUUGCUGUAUGUAUGUUGAAGGGGUAA